AUGAACAUGAAUUAUUUGAUUUACGUUAAAUACUCUUCUAAAUUGGUCGGAAUAUCACUUUGGGAACCAGGUGGAAGUGGCCCGUGCACUUCUAGAAACUCGCUGCCACCUCCGACCUUCAUCUGUUCAAGCCGAAAGCUGCUGUGUCCACUCCUCCACGAGAAUAUCUCUUGGUGCAACGAUUUCACCGUCAUCGAAGAGCAACACCCCUGUGAUCUUGGUCAAGCUCAACAAACCUCCGCUCAAGGCGUGAUCAGUACCCGCCACGAACACCGAGAGCCAUAG